UGCCGCAUCCUCCUCAAGUUCCUCCGCCGACGCUUCUCCCUUCCAAUUGAACAUGGCUGGAACGGCUGCGACUGCUGUGGCCAUUGGGUCAUUGGCAUGGUACUAUCAUCUCUACGGCUCAGAAUUAUAUGCCAUGACACCAACAGAAGAAGGCCUUCACGCAACCAAGUACCCAUGGGUUCAUACACAACACUUAAAGACUUUCGACCACCAGACCCUUCGUCGAGGUUUCCAGGUCUACCGCGAAGUCUGCUCGUCCUGCCACUCUCUCAGCCGAAUUCCCUACCGAUCCUUGGUCGGCGUAACCCACACCGUUGACGAAGCCAAAGCAAUGGCUGAAGAGAACGAGUACGAUAGCGAACCCAAUGAUGAGGGUGAAAUCGAGAAGCGACCAGGAAAGCUCUCCGACUACCUCCCUAGUCCAUAUAAGAACGAUGAAGCAGCCCGUGCUGCCAAUAACGGUGCUUUGCCUCCGGAUUUGAGCUUGAUGGUCAAAGCCCGCCACGGUGGUUGCGACUACGUCUUCAGCUUGCUGACCGGAUACCCCGAGGAGCCUCCACCAGGAGUCAAGCUUCCAGAUGGACUCAACUUUAACCCCUACUUCCCUGGCACUGGUAUUGCAAUGGCUCGAGUUCUAUACAAUGAAUUGGUCGAAUAUGAGGACGGAACUCCGGCAACGACAUCACAAAUGGCCAAGGACGUCGUGGAGUUCCUGAACUGGUCCGCAGAGCCGGAAAUGGAUCAAAGGAAGAAGAUGGGCAUGAAGGUCUUGGUCAUCGGAACGGCUCUGUUUGCGUUAAGCGUCUGGGUCAAGCGGUACAAAUGGUCUCCCAUCAAGACAAGAAAGAUUGCAUAUAACCCACCUAUUCAAGGAGGCGGGAAACACUAAACUCUCUUCCGGGGAAUUUAUUUUGUCGUAUGCAAAGCAGAGGGGAAGAAUUGUUCUAUUAGUUCUAUUUGUACAAAGGGGUGGGGAGAGGGAUGUGAUGGGAGCUUCAAUCUGGAAGCAUGCCGUAGAGAUCUUAGACGUGUGUCUGUGCCAAUACUUGAAAUCAACCCU